UCAUUAGAGUACAACUACAUGUAUUGUUGAGCUGCAAACUAAAUAUUUGCCGGCAAAUUUAGAACCGUCGUUUUCGAUUGUUGAAAGUGAUCGUUUGGCUAAUUGGACAAAAUGCCAGAAGAAGUAGAAAUAACUGCAGAAGAUUUAAAACGACGCAACCUACCCUGGAUUGAAAAAUAUCGCCCCACAAAAUUUGAGGAGAUUGUUGGAAAUGAGGAUACAAUUGCCCGCCUUUCAGUUUUUGCAACGCAAGGAAAUGCGCCAAAUAUUAUAAUAGCAGGCCCUCCUGGUGUGGGUAAAACGACGACAAUCCAGUGUUUGGCACGUAUUUUGCUCGGAGACAGUUAUAAAGAAGCCGUACUCGAGCUAAAUGCUUCAAAUGAACGUGGCAUUGACGUAGUUCGUAACAAAAUAAAAAUGUUUGCCCAACAAAAAGUGACAUUACCAAGAGGAAGGCAUAAAAUUGUUAUAUUAGAUGAAGCUGAUAGCAUGACUGAAGGAGCUCAACAAGCACUUCGUCGAACGAUGGAGAUUUAUAGUAAUACAACACGAUUUGCUCUUGCAUGCAACACCAGCGAGAAAAUUAUUGAACCAAUACAAUCUCGUUGUGCAAUGUUGCGUUUUACAAGACUGUCAGAUGGGCAAAUACUUGCUAAAUUAAUUGAGAUAUGUCAACGAGAAGAGCUCUCCUAUGAAGAGGACGGAUUGGAAGCAAUCGUUUUUACUGCGCAAGGUGAUAUGAGGCAGGCGUUAAAUAAUUUACAAUCGACAGCACAAGGUUUCGGAACGAUUACGGGCGCAAACGUAUUCAAAGUUUGUGACGAACCGCAUCCCAUGCUUUUACAGGACAUGCUGCAACAUUGUGCACAAAACGAUAUACAUAAAGCGUACAAAAUCCUCACAAAAUUGUGGAGACUUGGUUAUGCUUGUGAAGAUAUAAUUGGAAAUAUAUUCCGAGUAUGCAAGCGUCUCAACAUUGAUGAAAAUACUAAACUAAAAUUCAUUAAAGAAAUAGGAAUCACCCACAUGAAAGUUGUAGACGGAUUGAACUCUUUGCUUCAACUGACAAGUCUUUUAGCCAAAUUAUGCGACAUUGCUGACACCCAUUAACCGAACUUAUAAUAGGGAUUGUUCUAGAGUUCGCUAGUGGCUAAUUUCAGACACACUUUGCCCAAUAAAUAAAAAUGAUAUGUUUUAAUUUCUAUUAAAUGAUUAAUGUAAUAAAAUUAUAAUAAUCACCAA